UUUUCAAUAUUUUGCAUUUUUCUUCGUGAAAUUUUAAUAGGAAGUAUCACAUACGGACAUAAUAUAGCGAGGAACAAAACGAGGACUACAGUGUACAUUAAUUUGGUGUUUAACUUGCUGAAAGAGAGGAUAGGACGUGUUGGGCAGGACAGCGCUUCUGCGCACAUUCAGAUGACGCUGUAGUGUAGUGUGUGUGGUGUAGUGUGGUGCGACUUCUAGGUGGUUUUCCUUUAUGUAACGUCUUUAAAUGUAAGGCAUCGAGUGCGACGCUGAAUGUUGGCCUCAACACUAGUCUAGGUGAUCUUUCUCCAGGAAAUGUGGAGUGUUGCCAGGCUGGCAGCACUGGCUUUCCCUAUGGGUUUGCUUCUGACCAGGACCAUGGCAUGGAUAUCGAGUGGCAAAACACAUCCACAACUUAUAAGCCGUUUGCGAGAGCAUGGCGUUAUCCGUAGUGAUCGAGUGUUCGAAGCCAUGCUUGCCACUGAUCGGGGCAUCUAUUCCAAAGACUACCCAUAUGAGGAUUCUCCUCAGUCAAUAGGGUACAAGGCGACCAUCAGUGCUCCUCAUAUGCAUGCACAUGCUUUGGAAAUUCUCAGUGACAAGUUAACUGAAGGAGCUUCAGCACUGGAUGUUGGCUCAGGGAGUGGUUAUCUCACUGCCUGCUUUGCCAGAAUGGUAGGUCCCACUGGAAAAGUGGUGGGAAUUGAUCACAUAGAAGAACUAGUGCGAGUCUCGGUGAGAAAUGUCCAAGCUGAUGACCCGGAGCUGUUAACCUCCGGACGGAUAAAGCUAGUGGUUGGUGAUGGACGGUUAGGUUUUCCAGAUGGAGCACCAUACGAUGCCAUUCAUGUUGGAGCGGCAGCACCAACAAUCCCCAAAGCGCUUCUGGAGCAGCUAAAACCAGGGGGAAGACUGGUGCUGCCUGUAGGUCCUGAUGGUGGGAGCCAAGUUCUGGAGCAGUAUGAUCGCCAAAGUGAUGGCUCCUUUGUCAAAAAGGCACUCAUGGGGGUGGUGUAUGUACCACUUACAGACAGACACCACCAGUGGCCAGGCAGUGAGCUCUGACUGCAGUCUGGUUACUCCUGCAGGAGGUGGUUUUGGUGUUGCAAUGCAGAGAACACUUAGGCCCAAGCGCAAGGCACUUGCUUCAGCCGUGGAGUACAUUCCUACUGUACCUGCCAGCUCUAUUCAUCCUCUCCAGUCCUCUUAUGCUAUAACAAGCCAUCAGUUCAACCCUAAGUUCAACCCUAAGUUCAGCAAUCACUGGAUGUCAGAGAUGUACAGUACACUGAUCAGCCAUAAUAUUAUGACCAUCCACGUAACAUUGAGCGGCCUUGCCACCAAAUUAGUAAUGAUCUGUGUUCCGACACCCCUUUUUUCCGGACCCAGCAUUAACCUUUUCCUCAAUUUGAGCUACAGUAACUCUUCUGUUGGAUUGCACUACACACUUUAACCUUUACUCCCAUUGUGCAUCAGUGAGUCUUGCCCUGUCACUGUUGCACAGUCAGGACCUACCAAAAGUAAUCCAAGUGAGGGAAAACCGGUGAACUUGCAACAGGGUCAUGGACAGGUUCAUGUGCAUGGUGGAAUGAAGGCUGGUCUGUGAGGUCCGAUCCUGUAAAAGAGCUGCUGUAGAUUAAUUUGAGAAAAAGGUUAAUGCUAGUUGCGAUAGAAAAUGUUAGAAACAGUGCAUCACUGUUAUGGUGGCAAAAGUGGGACCUACUCAAUAUUAGGUGGGUGGUCAUAAUGUUAUGGCUGAUCGAUGUGAUAUUUAAUUGUUGUCUGUCCCACCUCAUUUCUAAAUAUUGGUAUUUUCUUUAAGGAAAAAGGAAAAUAAUGUAUAGGUUUUUAUUUCAUAUAACCCCUGGUUUGUAAAACAUUGUUAAUAUAUUUUCUAACUCAAGUCAAAGCAAUGACAAAAAUUAAUUAAAGCAUUAUGGUAAUUAUUCCAAUGUGCAGUAAUGUGUAAUUUUGCACAACUGUAUUCAAAGCAUACAUUUAUGUAAUUUAUUUGUUAAUAAACAAGCUUAUGCUGUUA